GUGUGUGUCCUAAUGAAUAAGUGAUUACCCCCCGCCGCCGAUGAGUAAUCCCGGAAAGAGGUUCUGGAGGAAGGGCUGCGAGUCAUCGUAUUGUAAGGCAAGAGAGAGCGCUGAAUCCGGGAGAGGGCAGCAGGAAAUAUUGAGGCUGCUCAUUAUAGCGUCCCGAGAAUAAAUAACCGGGGCAGUAUCAACCGGAAGAAGAGGGAUUAAGUAAAAGAAAGUCUUUGGGACUUUGCGGAUUUGUUAUAGGCUGUUGUAAGGAGCUAAGAGUCGGCCACAGACACAGAAACGCGCAGACGCGGCCGCUGUUCAGAUGGGGGUACGCGGUGGACUACUUUUUUUGGAAAGGGGUAUGCAGCUUAAAAAGAUUGAAAACACCUGUUCUAAUGUGAUUUGGUACAACGAAUAUCCUCUACUCAGUGAUACACCAGCGCCACUGUGACACGUUUCCCAAAAGUGACACUGAGCUUGCCAGGGGGGUAAAGGGAGCAGGUCCGGAGGGGGAGGAUGAAGAGAUUCCGGCGUCAUGGGCAGGACUCCCAUCGAGACCGGCUCAAGCAGGAUCUCUUCCAGUUCAAUAAGACGGUGGAGCAUGGAUUCCCUCACCAGCCCAGUGCUCUCGGAUACAGCCCCAGCCUUCGACUCAUGGCCAUCGGGACUCGUUCAGGAGCUCUCAAACUCUACGGGGCUCCAGGUGUGGAGUUCAUGGGUCUGCAUGAAGAGAAUGCUGCGCUUACACAAAUACACUUCUUACCACGGCAGAGCAAGCUGGUGACGCUGCUGGAUGAUAACAGCCUGCACUUGUGGGCGCUUCGCAGUCAUCAGGGGGUGUCUGAACUGCUGGAGGAGGGGCGUUUCACACUGCCUGCAGUGCCAGGGGCCCCACCCAGUGUUACACGUGUGACGUCAAUACUGGCCCACUCCUCUGGGAAGCUGCUGUAUCUGGGCACGGAGGGCGGACAUGUUUUCGUUGUGGAGGUGCCUGUCUUCAGGGAGCUGGAGGAACGCAACAUCAGUGUUGAGACUGUUCAGCAGAGGGUCCCUGAGGAGUAUGUGGGUCGUCGGAAUCUGGAAUCUGUGGAGGCCUUGACAGAGAAUCCCCAAAACCCUGACCACAUCCUGAUUGGUUACAGCCGGGGUCUUAUGGUGCUAUGGGACCUGGAAGGAAGCCAAGCCACGCAUCACUUUCUUGGGAACCAGCAGCUGGAAAGUGUGUGGUGGAAACGAAAUGGACGCGAGAUCAUCAGCGCCCACAAUGACGGCAGCUACUGUCAGUGGCCAGUGUCCAGUGCUGACCGCCAACCCGAGCCUGACAAACACGAAAUGCCUUAUGGUUCCUUUCCAUGUAAAGCAAUUUCCAAGAUCCUAAUGCUGACGAAAAAGGAGAGCUCUCCCUUCGUGAUCUUCAGUGGAGGAAUGCCACGGGCCAGCUAUGGAGACCGACACUGCAUAUCUGUCAUUCACAGCAAGAAGCAUGUGGCCUUCGAUUUCACUUCACGCAUCAUUGACUUCAUUGUCAUUAAUGAAGGAGGGGAGGAGUCAGAGUAUGAUGACCCCAGCGCCCUGGUGGUUCUUGCAGAGGAGGAGCUGGUGGUGGUGGAUCUGAAGUCUGAGGGCUGGCUGAUGAUCCAGACCCCCUACCUGGCCCCCCUGCAUUGCUCAGCCAUCACCUGCUCCCACCACGUCUCCAACAUCCCCCUGAAGCUGUGGGAGCGAAUUGUGGCUGCCGGGGAGACGCAGAACACCCACUACUCACACAUGCCUUGGCCAGUGAAUGGAGGACAGAAUAAAGCGCCAGACCCUCCCCAGAGAGACCUGCUCCUCACAGGACACGAGGAUGGGACAGUGCGUUUCUGGGAUGCCUCAGGUGUCUGUCUGUACCCUCUCUACAAACUGGGCACUGCAGGGGUGUUCCACACAGAUGCAGACCCCAGUGACAACAUGAACCAUGCAGGGGAGGCGGAGUGGCCCCCUUUCUGUAAGGUGGGCUGCUUCGACCCUUACAGUGACGACCCCCGGCUGGGCAUUCAGAAGAUCCACCUGUGUAAAUACAGUGGCUACCUGGCUGUGGCCGGCACUGCAGGGCAGGUGCUGGUGAUGGAGCUGAAUGACGAGGAUGCGGAUCAGGUUGUGGACAGCUCUCUAGUAGACCUGCUCCAGGACCAGGAGGGGUUCCGGUGGAAGGGCCACACACAGCUGAUCGUGAGGGAGGAGGCAGUCCACUUCCCCCAUGGCUUCCAGCCCUUCGCCCUGGUGCAGUGUCAACCGCCUGCUGUGGUCACCUCCCUCAUCCUGCACUCUGAGUGGAAGCUGGUGGCCUUUGGGACCAGCCAUGGCUUCGGCCUCUACGACUACCAGCAGAAGAAAAACGUCCUUGUCAGGUGUACUCUAAACCCCAGUGACCAGCUCGCCCUGGAGGGCCCCCUGUCCCGGGUGAAGUCAAUCAAGAAGUCACUCCGCCAGUCCUUCCGCAGAAUCCGUCGCAGCCGCGUGUCGGGGAGGAAGCGGCCUGUAGGGAACGCUGCCAAGGUGCAGGAGAUCAAUGCACAGAUGGAGAGGGAGGCUCUCCAGGAGAUGGAGCUGGCCCCAGUCCAGAGGAAGAUCGAGGCGAGGUCCUCUGAUGACUCCUUUACCGGGCUCGUCCGAACGCUCUACUUCGCUGACUCCUUCAUCCGUGACUGCUCACAUAGCACGCCCUCCCUCUGGGCCGGCACCAAUGGUGGUUCUGUGUAUGCCUACUCACUACGAGUGCCGCCCGUUGAGAGGAGAAUGGAGGAGCAAAUCACAGCAGAACCUGCUAAGGAGAUCCAGUUGAUGCACCGUGCCCCUGUGGUGGGGAUUUUGAUUCUGGAUGGCCGGGGAGCACCCCUCCCUGAACCUCUUGAAGUGGCCCACGACCUUUCCCGGAGCCCUGACAUGCAUGGCUCACACCACCUUCUGGUCAUCUCGGAGGAGCAGUUUAAGAUGUUCACGUUGCCAAAAGUGAGUGCCAAGAUGAAGCUGAAACUGACUGCGAUGGAGGGCUCACGUGUGCGCAAAGUGUCAGUGGUGAGUUUCAACAGCAAAAUGGAGGACUACAGUGAGAAUGGGCUGGCGGUGCUGACCAACCAGGGGGACCUGCAUGCCAUCUCACUGCCCAGUAUUAAGAUCCAGGUCUGCUACAGCUGUAUCCGCAAAGAGGAUGUGAGCGGCAUCGCCUCCUGUGUCUUCACCAAGAAUGGACAAGGCUUCUACCUGAUCUCCCCGUCUGAAUUUGAGCGUUUCUCCCUGUCGGCCCGCUGGCUGGUGGAGCCGCGCUGUCUGGUGGAGGCCCCCCGUGCUGCCACCAGGCAAACCCUGAGCAGGGCAGCACCUGACAGGGCCGCUGUCAAGUCAAGGGUUUCCAGAACUGACAGUGAUGUCAGUGAAGAUGAUGGUCUCCAAAGGUCUCAUUUGAUGGAACAUGCAUUACUCAAUGAUGAAAAGGUGUUGUUGGAGAUCCAGAGAUCGCUGGAAGGAGAGAGGACGAGUAUGGUGGAGAAGAACUCGAAAAGGAGAACAGGAGGAGGAAAACUGAUAACUAAUGGUGAAUGAACCGAGCCAUGACUGGUACUGGUUGUCCUCUCAUGUAAUGCCAUAACACUACUGACAGCCAGCAGGAGGGGGUGCCACUCACAUAGAUACUGUACAGGGAGGGAGGAGGGACCCAGGGCCAGCCUCAGUGCCUCAACCAACAAACUACUGUAUCUCCGCCAGUCUUCCAACCUGAAUGUGUUGCUUGUGUCUUCACUCCUGUUGACAUACAAGAUCCAUUUUUGCACAACCACUCUCCAAAUGUGAUGGGGGGAUUUUAUUGGUAACCUUGUACUUACUGCCUUCCCAGGCACACAGUUUGUAAUCCUAGGAGGUGCUUUCCACUGCUGUGUAGCACAUGUAUUUUGUAUUUGGGGGAAUUUUCUAUGGGGGUGUUUUAAAAUUGUUUCAUAAUGGAAAUGUAAUUUAGGAAUGUGUGUUUUUAAUAAGAUAAUUUUAGGCAAAUGUUUAAUAUAUAUAUUGUAUAUCUGUACUUAUUAUUAUUAUUAUUAUUAUUAUUAUUAUUAUUCAUGGUUUUGGGUGGCUGCUAUACCUUUUUAGUAAUCUGACAAGGACAUAUUUUGGUACUUCCAUUAUAAAAUGUGGGGUAUUUUUAGUGUUUUCUAGAUUCUAUUUUUUUAGUAAAUCAAUGAGGGUGGAAACCUUAAAAAUGAAUCUUAACUUCACACUACAUUCUGCAGAUGGAAUAAAUAUGUUUUCACAAGAUGA